AUGAGCGAAUCGGACCCCCCCGCCAGGCGCGUAGAUGCGCCUGUGCUUCCGACGGAUACGGUGUCAACGUCAGAAGCGUCUGCUUCGCCUCAUGAAGCGGACCACCGGCGUCGGCGACGAUUGAAUCGUGAGCUGGACUUCUCGUCGCCAGGCCCCGCGUUCCAGCUCUUGUCGCCGCCACCUCUGCCGCCAGCGAACGAGGCAGGCUCGUCGCGGCGGUCAUCACGCCACUCGCAACGUACGCCCAAGCCGUCGAAAGCGGCACUGGAAAGCGGCAUGCUUUCGACGUGGAAGCCUGAACCCCUGCCCUCGGCCGCCGAUGUGCUUGUGUGGUGCCAGGCUCUCUACGAGCAACUUGCUCAUGCUGACGUCGAUGCACUUCGCGCAAAGCAUGAUGCACUCGUGCGCGAACUGUUCCACCUGACCCAGGUCAUCACCAAGUCGCAGUAUGACCCUGACGUCGCGCACUUAGAUACCAGCGACGUCUUUGCACACUUCCAGACACAGUAUCACCUCGCACUGAAUAUGUCGCCGGACUCUUCGCGACACGCUCGCCGCACCUCAGCCCGCCGCCCCAUGCCAUCCUCCCCGCCUAACAAACGGCUUCGUCUGAGCGACAAGCGACGAGCAGCCUCGCCUCCGUCGCCCCCACCCAAUGUCGCACUCGUCCCACUAUCGAGUGGCACGUCCCUUGAUCCACAACAUCCUCCCUCGCUGACAUACACAUCGCCAUGGCAGCGCCCCCUGCCUCCCAACACACCCGGUGGAUCUCUUGCAUCGUUCCUCCAGUCCUUUGCGUACUGGGACGACGAUAUUGUCAAACCUGAAGUACGUGCUCAGCGCGUGGCGCGUAUGAAAGCCGUUUCCUUGCGCUUGGAUCAGCUGCAGCGCGAAGGCAAUUCACUCUCUGACACUCACACCACUGCGCUCGCUAAGCUCAAGCCGCAUGAAGCACCGCGCGGCAAGGCACAUUGGGACUAUGUGCUAGAAGGCAUAUGCGCGCGGGCUCAGCACACUCGACAGGGACAUCGGCACCGCAUGCAACUUGCCAAAAAAGUGUCGCGCAUGGUGUCCGCACACUGGGAGCGUACGCUGCACAGCGACGAGCGCGAACAAAAACUCGAAUGGCGCCGCCAACGUGCCCUGGCCAAAUGGACGAUGCGGGAAGUGCAACGGCAAUGGCGCCUCGCCGUCACCGUCAUCCGGAGUCGAAAGCAGGCAGUAGAGCGCGCUGAACGAGAAAAGCUGGGGAAAAUGCAAUUACAGGCCAUCCUAGAGCAAAGCACCCAAAUGCUAGAGACUCAGCAUGCGGACCUGUCUUCUCUACAGGAGGACCCGACUAUGGAGAAUGCGUCAGAGGAGAUGGUGUCUCAAGACGAAGAAGCUGGCACGACUGAACAUAGUGCGACUGAGGAUGAGGACAGCGCCUCCGACUCUGCCGAUGACGAGCGUUUGGAGCGCGAAAUGUGGCAAGAAGACGAGGCAGAUGAAGAAGAAGACAAUGAUCUCCAGGCAGACGCGGAUCUCCCGCUCGAGGAUCUCCUCAAAAAAUACGGGUACCCGCCCGCUGAGCCUCCCAUCAAGUCCGAAGCAGGAGCAGAAGCGUCACCGGAGAGUGAUGCGAGUGAGUCGGAAGAAGGGCCCUCCAUUUCCCUAAAGGAUUUGCUAGGCGAAGAGAAGGAAGCGGCUGGUACGCUUGUCAAAGUACACAAACCCUUCUUGUUCCGUGGCUCGUUGAGGCCGUACCAACAGGUAGGCAUGGAAUGGCUCAUCAGUCUGUACAACAACCAGGUGAACGGUAUUCUAGCAGACGAAAUGGGACUGGGCAAGACAAUUCAGACUAUCGCAUUGCUCGCGCAUCUCGCAUGCGAUCGCGGCAAUUGGGGUCCCCACCUGAUCGUGGCACCCACGAGUGUGAUGCUCAACUGGGAGAUGGAGUUCAAAAAGUUCUUGCCUGGUUUCAAAAUCCUUUCUUACUACGGCUCUCAGAAACAGCGCAAAGCGAAGCGUGUAGGUUGGAACACACCCAACAGCUUUCACGUGUGCAUCACGUCGUACCAGCUUGUGUUGGCAGAUCAACACAUUUUUCGGCGCAAGCCAUGGGUAUACCUCGUCCUCGACGAAGCACAUCACAUCAAAAACUUUCGCUCGCAGCGCUGGCAGACGCUGUUGGGCUUUAAUUCCGAACGCCGCUUGCUCCUGACGGGCACGCCUCUUCAAAACAACCUGAUGGAUUUGUGGAGUCUCAUGUAUUUCCUCAUGCCCCAGGGCAUUGCUCAGGUCGCCGCGGCAAGUGGUGCCUUUUCCAACAUGAAAGAUUUUCAGGACUGGUUCUCCAAUCCCCUUGGAAAAGCAGUGGAGAGCUCACAAGCCCUCGACGACGAAACACGCGCGACUGUGGCCAAACUACACACAGUCUUGCGCCCAUUUGUAUUACGCCGACUCAAGUCGGAUGUGGAGCAGGAAAUGCCCAAAAAAUACGAGCACAUCAUGCCUUGUCGUCUUUCGAAGCGCCAGCGGUUUCUCUACAAUGACUUUAUGUCGCGUGCCAAGACGCGCGAAAGUUUGGCGAGCGGCAACUACAUGAGCAUCAUCAACUGCCUCAUGCAGCUUCGCAAAGUGUGCAACCAUCCUGACCUGUUUGAGCCGCGUCCGAUCGUCACGCCGUUUGUCACACGUGCCGUGGCCUGUGAUUAUGAAAUUAAGGACUUGCUGGUUCGCCGUCGCCUCCUCCGGCGUGAUCCUUGGCGUGAAUGUGACUUGAACUUCUUGCGCAUGUCUUUUGUGCAAGACGAACCACAUCUUACGCCGCUUGUGACGCACCGCUACAGGGACCUUGAUGCCUCAGCUCAAGUCGCUCAAGCUGUCGCACCACCUAAAGGCGAUGCUUCUUGGCAAACAACCAAACUAGAAGCAUUUCAACGUGCUUUGUCGCAUUGCCGCGCACGUUCUGCUUACGAACAUGCGCAACACAUGGCGUAUGUUAAUCGCAUGCGCACGUGUGCCGAGCCCGUUUAUGGUCGACACCUUUUGGCGAGCACUGGGAGUGCCUCUCCCCCCAACAUCUUGCCUAUGGAUGUGGGCGCAUCGCGGGACUUGUGCAUGACACAGUGUGAUGCGCUGAGGUCGGCCGUGCUAUCCAGAAGUGAGCGCUCUGAAGGCAUGCACGAUGUCGUAUCCCGAUUUGCCUUUGUGACCCCGCCUGCUAUGGCGACCGAUGUGCCUCGGCUACUCUUGGGCCAUGCCACAAACACGUCAAACUUGGCAGCUUUACCUGAUCCGCUGCACAACUCUGCCGUUGCUCUCAACGUUGCCUUUCCUGAUGCGUCCCUCCUCCAAUACGACUGCGGUAAGCUACAGCAAUUGGACGCACUAAUGCGCCAAUUAGUGGAUGGUGGUCAUCGUGCCUUGAUUUUUACUCAAAUGACCAAGGUACUAGAUAUCCUAGAAAAGUUCUUCAACUACCACGGCUACCGAUAUCUGCGACUGGACGGUGCCACCAAGGUCGAGCAGCGCCAGGCUCUGACAGAGCGCUUUAACCGCGAUGCGCGUAUCUCUGCGUUUAUCCUUAGUACGCGCUCUGGUGGUUUGGGCAUCAAUCUUGUCGGAGCAGACACCGUUAUCUUUUAUGACCUCGACUGGAAUGCCGCUAUCGAAGCACAAUGCAUGGAUCGCGCUCAUCGAAUUGGCCAGACGCGUGACGUGCAUAUAUACCGUUUCGUGAGUGAACACACGAUUGAAGAGAAUAUGUUGCGCAAAGCCAAUCAAAAACGACGCCUUGAUCAAAUGGUGAUACAACAAGGUCAAUUUACCACCGAACACCUUGCCAAGAACGAUUGGCGCGAUAUGCUGGAUGGUGGUACAUCACUUGGUGGCGUCCAUGUUGGCGAAGAGUCCGUGACUGACGCCAAAGACGUUGAGCAAGCAUUCCGUGCCGCAGAAGACGCUGAAGAUGCAGCUGCUGUGCAUGUGGCGAACGAGGAGCACCAAAUGGAUCAUGCCGAUUUCGAGGGUGACAUAACAGAAUCACGUCCCAAGCCACCAUCGCGAUCUUCGCCCACCAGCUAUCAAACGCCCCUCCCGCCCACGUCUGACGACUCGGAUGCCUACGAGGAAGAAGAGCCAAUGGGAUCCAUCGACGACUACAUGCUUCGCAUGGUUGAGGCAGACUGGGCCUAUUUUGGUGCUUAG